CCACUAUUUCUCUUUUCCCAUUUGCAGCAAAUAUGUCCACCGUUUUAGAGAAUCUGAUGAGCCAAGUGGCCGAAGUCUUGCCCUCGAGUGGACGCAAAAUAUCCAUUGUCGGUAUUGGCCAAGUUGGCAUGGCCUGUGCAUUCAGUAUUCUUGCCCAGAAUGUUUCCAACGAGAUUUGCCUUGUCGAUGUGUGCAAGGAUAAGUUGCAAGGUGAAAUGAUGGACUUGCAACACGGUUCCAAUUUCCUUAAGAAUCCCAAAAUCACCGCCAGCACCGAUUACGAAGCAACUGCCGGUUCGCGUCUAUGCAUUGUGACAGCUGGCGUACGCCAAAAGGAAGGCGAAUCACGUUUGUCGUUGGUGCAACGCAACACCGACAUACUCAAGCACAUCAUUCCCAAGUUGGUGCAACACUCACCGGACACCAUUUUGUUGAUGGUCUCCAAUCCAGUGGAUAUUAUGACCUAUGUCGCAUGGAAAUUAUCCGGUUUGCCAAAGAAUCGUGUCAUUGGCAGUGGCACCAAUUUGGAUUCGUCACGAUUCCGUUUUCUGAUGUCACAGCGUUUGGGUGUAGCGCCCACAUCUUGCCAUGGCUGGAUCAUUGGUGAGCAUGGUGACAGUUCAGUGGCUGUGUGGUCGGGUGUGAAUAUUGCUGGCGUGCGCUUGCGUGAGUUGAAUCCGAACAUUGGCACAACUGAAGAUCCAGAAAAUUGGCAACAAGUACACAAGAAGGUCAUCGAUUCGGCCUAUGAAGUGAUCAAGUUGAAGGGUUACACCUCAUGGGCCAUUGGCUUGAGCUCAGCUGCGCUAGCAUCGGCCAUCUUGAACAAUACAAGCAACAUUGUGGCUGUCUCAACUUCAGUACAGGGUGAACACGGUAUUGACAAGGAUGUGUUCUUGUCCUUGCCUUGCGUCUUGAAUGCCAACGGCAUUACCUCGCUCGUCAAGCAGAUACUCACACCCACCGAAGUGGAGCAAUUGCAGAAGUCGGCCAAUAUAAUGGAUGAAGUGCAGAAGGGCAUUAAUUUUUAAGCAGCAUUCGAGUGAAGAGAGCUAAUUAUUGGCUAAGCAUAGGAAUAAGACGAGGCAGAGAAAGCAAGCAGAGGAGGAAGAAGAAGAAGAAGA